AUGGAUGAAAUCAUCUCAGGACAAGCUCUCUUCCUUUUCUCUUGCUUUAUCUUAUCAUGUUUCCUUAUCUUCACCACGACAAUAUCCCGACGUCGGAGCUCUCGCUGGGCUGCCACGCUGCCUCCUGGACCUCCACGGUUACCCAUCAUCGGAAACAUUCACCUGGUAGGAAAGAACCCACACCGCUCAUUCGCCGACCUCUCAAAUACUUAUGGACCAGUCAUGAGUCUUAGGCUUGGAUGUUUAAACUCUGUGGUCAUAUCUUCACGAGAUGCUGCAAGAGAGGUUCUUAGAACUCACGACCAAAUCUUGUCUGGCCGGUACUUCAAUGAAGCGAUACGAUCCAUCAAUCAUCAUGAGUUUUCCGUUGCCUGGCUUCAUCCGUCGUCUCCCCAUUGGAGGCUGUUGAGGAAGCUGUCGGUGACUCAGUUGUUCUCACCGCAGCGUAUUGAGGCCACCAAAGGUCUGCGGAUGAAGAAGGUGCAAGAACUUAUUAACUACAUGAGUGAAAGUAGUGACAGAGAAGAAGUUGUUGAUAUUUCUCUUGCAUCCUUCGUCACGGCCCUCAAUAUCAUUUCGAAUCUUCUGUUUUCAGUCGACCUUGGUAACUACGACUCGAAAAACUCCAGUGUCUUUCAGGACAUGGUGACUGGUGUCAUGGACUCUAUCGGGAAACCUGACCUUGCUAAUUUCUACCCAUUUUUGAGGUUUCUUGACCUACAAGGUAAUGGAAAAAAGUUAAAGGGCUGUUCGGACAGGUUGUUUAAACUUUUCCGAGGUUUUUACGAUGCUCGGAUUACGGAAAACUCGUCGCGGACGGACGAUGGAGAUGUUUCGAGCAGCGAUUUUUUAGAUGCGCUUAUUGAUCUCAACCAAGGAGAUGAAGCAGAACUGAACAUAAUUCAGAUCGAACACCUUCUCCUCGACUUGUUUGCAGCCGGCACGGACACAAACUCUAGUACCGUGGAAUGGGCGAUGGCAGAGUUACUUCGAAACCCCGAGAAACUGACGAAAGUUCAAGAUGAAAUCAAUCAAGUGAUAGGCCAAAACUGUGUUGUGCAAGAGACCGAUAUCUCACGGUUGCCGUAUUUACAAGCUGUAGUUAAAGAAACUUUCCGUUUGCAUCCAGCUGCUCCGCUUCUCCUCCCGCGAAAAUCGAAAACCGAUGUGGAGAUUCUUGGAUACCUUGUGCCUAAAGACACUCAGGUUUUGGUGAACGUGUGGGCUAUUGGACGAGACCCGAGUGAGUGGGAGAAUCCGACAGAGUUCGAGCCAGAGAGGUUUUUGGGAAAAGAUAUUGACGUGAAAGGCAGAGAUUAUGAGCUGACACCGUUUGGAGCCGGACGGAGAAUUUGUCCGGGAUUGCCUUUGGCUGUCAAGAUAGUUCCUCUCAUGCUUGCUUCUCUUCUUCAUUCCUUUGACUGGAAGCUUCCAGACGGCGUCGUUUGUGAGGACUUGGACAUGGACAUGGACGAGACCUUCGGUAUCACAUUGCAUAAGACAAAUCCGUUACAUGCCGUUCCCGUCAAGAAACGCUCUAGACACUAG